CGGGAUUGAUGUUGCCUUUGCCCUUUAUUUUCCGAAACCCGUCAGAUGUCUGGAAUAUUUAGCAAACUGAGUGCUCUUUUUGGAUUGAAAAAGAAAUCAGUGAAAGUCAUUAUGAUUGGUUUGAACAACAGUGGAAAAUCAACUAUCGUCAGUCUAUUAAAAUCUGACGGGGAUAAAAGUUCAGAAAUCGUGCCCACGAUUGGAUUAAAUGUUGAACAUUUCAAAUAUCAGCACGUUUUUUUCACAACAUUCGACAUGUCUGGACAAGGACGAUACAGAUACCUAUGGGAAAGGUAUUACAAGGACUGCGAUGGGAUUAUUUUCGUAAUAGAUAGCAGCGACCGGCUCAGGCUGGCAGUUGCCAAGGAAGAACUUUACUUACUCCUUCAGCACCCCGACAUCGCUGCGAGGAAAGUACCGAUUCUAUUUCUAGCUAACAAAAUGGACGUGAGGGAAGCGCUGUCCAGUGUUAAAAUUGCAGCGGCGUUCGGCUUAGAACAAAUCAAAGACAAACCGUGGCAUAUAUUUGCGACGAACGCGCUGACCGGAGAAGGCCUGCAGGGUGGUGUAGAGUGGUUUACUGAACAAUUAAUACAAAGUGAUAUGUAAAUCGUUAUAAAUACCAUUCUUAGCUUUGAAAUGAUUUUUUUAAAAAUAUUGUGAUAUUUAUUACUCCAAUGUAAAUAA